AUCUCGUGUCGUGACAACGAUCGGUCUGUGUGUGCACGGGAGAAUUUUGCUUACCGGUAUAUAUAGCUGCAAACAUAGCUCGCGAGGCUAGUAUAGUAUAAAACCGUCGCUGAGCAGUUCGAGCUAAUAGAUAUGGAGUUGGAAAGUCCUGCGUGGCUGGACGCAUGUUACGUCCAAAAGGUUUUACGAAAGGCUGAAAAUGACGAAUCUAUUGAAGUUUCCGAUAUAUCCGUGCGACCGGCAACGGCUAAAGGUGAUAAUUAUAUGAGCGACAUGUACCGAAUCGCCGUAGAAUUUUCACGAGGUCAAGGUGAUCAACGAAACGAGGAGGAGAGGUCUCUUAUAUUAAAACUCCUACCGCAGGACGAGUUUCGAGAGCGGAUGCUUAACGAAACUGGAUUCUUUGCCGUGGAAUUGUCAAUGAUGUCGGAUACACUUCCGCGAAUAAGCGAAAUUCUUGCGAAAUUUUCGAAGACCAAGCUCAGCGCAAGAUGCUUAUACGUUCAGUACGAGAAACCGACUCACGUAUUCCUCGAUGAUUUGGCACCUGCAGGCUUCCGAAUGGCUGUUCGCCAAGAAGGUCUUGAUAUGGACCACUGUCUGCUUGCCCUUAGGAAUCUUGGCUUGUUUCACGCUGGUUCAGUCGCAUUUGGAGAACAGGAUCCUACGGCACUGGCAAGGUACAAAAGGGGAAUGCUUCAUAAGGAUAAUCCAGCUGAGACGGGCACAGCUUUCAACACGUGUAUGAAAUCUCUUGCAGAGGAGUCAGCCAAGUGGCCAGAGCUAAAUCCAAGAAUUCCCGAGAAACUUCUCAAGUUGUCCGAAUACACGUAUGAAAAAGGAUGCGAAGCAGCUCUUGUAAGAGAAGAUGAUUUCACCGUCCUCAAUCACGGAGAUUUCUGGGUAAACAAUAUGAUGUUCCGCUACGACGAACGGCAAAAGCCCAUGGAUCACAUAUUUGUGGAUUUUCAAAUAUCCCACCGUGGCUCACCGGCAGAAGACCUUCUCUAUUUUCUCGGCACAAGUCCGUCGGACGAUAUUCGACAUCAGAAUCGCGAGCAGCUCCUGAGGGAGUAUCACACCUCAUUAGCCAGCACCAUGACCAAACUGAAGUGUAAAACGGAAGUGCCGAGCUUUGAUGCUCUGCAAGAAUUAUUAAGAAAGCGAGCUUUUUUUGAAGUGAUCGCUUCUUCGGUUGUCCUGCCAAUUGUCGUACUCGAGAAAGGCGACAACGUGGAUAUAUCAAAAAUAAGUGGGGCCGAUGGAAAAUACGAUAAUCCAGCUUAUCGUGGAAAAGCGUACAGACGAAUUAUGAAUAGAAUUUUACCUUUAUACGAUAGUAUGGGACUACUAGAUAUCUGAGAAGUGUAUUACUCAACGUUAUAAGAAACACUGAAAAAUCACAGACUUUUUGGAAGGAAAAGAUGUACACUUCGUGAAAUUCAAAUAAGGAAAUGUAUUAGCUCUAUUUAUUUUAAGAUUUCCUAUUAUUCCAAUAGAUCAGUAGGAUCCAUGUAUGCACGUUAUAAGUGUCGGCACGAUUUUUCAACUUA